AUGCGGCUCAGAUCCGACAUCAGCGGCGACGGCACGGACGUCAUCAAGUCGGACGGCUACCUUGAGGACCACCGCGCAUACUUUGAGAAGCGCUUCGCGCACUUCAAGCGCUGGGUGCGCGACAUCGACGCCAGCGAGGGCGGCAUCGAAAAAUUCUCGCGCGGCUACGAGGAUUUUGGGCUACACGUGACGGAAGACGGCGUGCGGUACCGUGAGUGGGCGCCGGGCGCCAAGGCAGCCAGCCUGGUCGGCGACUUUAACGGCUGGGACAUCGCGCCAACCCGCUUGUGCGCAACGAGUUUGGCGUGUGGGAGACGGUCGUGCCCAACACGGCGGUCCGGCAGCGUGCCAAUUGCGCAUGGCAGCCACGUCAAGGUCUCGUUUGUCACAGACAGCGGCGAGCGCGUCUACAGACUGCCGGCGUGGAGCACCUACAGCCCAAUCUACGACGCCGUGUUCUACAACCCGCCGCACAAGUAUGCCUUCAAGCACAAGCGCCCGGUUCCAGCAGCUGACCUGCGCAUUUACGAGGCGCACGUCGGGAUUUCGUCGCCCGAGGCGCGCGUGGCGACGUUCAAGGAGUUCACUCGCGACAUGCUGCCAAUGAUCCGCGAUCUGGGGUACAACGCAGUGCAGCUGAUGGCCAUCAUGGAGCACGCGUACUACGCGUCGUUCGGGUACCAGGUGACGUCGUUUUUUGCGCCGUCGUCGCGGUACGGCGAGCCGGACGACCUGCGCGAGCUGAUCGACACGGCGCACGCAAUGGGCAUCGUCGUGUUCUUGGAUGUCGUACACUCGCACGCGUGCAACAAUGUCGAUGAUGGGCUUAACAAGUUCGACGGCACUGACCACUGCUACUUCCACGAGGGCGCGCGCGGCCGUCACGAGCUGUGGAACAGCCGGCUGUUCAACUACAGCCACCACGAGGUGACGCGCUUCUUGCUGUCGAACCUGCGGUACUGGAUCGAGGAGUUUGGGUUUGACGGCGGCGACUACAACGAGUACUUUGGCGGUGGCACCGACGAGGACGCCAUCGUGUUCCUGAUGCUGGCCAACUACAUGUGCCACAAGCUGUACCCAGGCUUUGUGACCAUUGCCGAGGACGUGUCAGGCAUGCCGGCGCUGUGCCGCCCGGUGCAGGAGGGCGGCGUCGGGUUCGACUACCGGCUGACAAUGUCGAUCCCCGACAUGUGGAUCAAGAUGAUCAAGGAGCUCAAAGACGAGGAGUGGGAUGUCGGCCACAUUGCGCAUCAGCUGACUAACCGCCGCUACCAAGAGCGCGCCAUCACGUACUGCGAGUCGCACGACCAGGCGCUGGUCGGCGACAAGACGCUGGCUUUCUGGCUGAUGGACAAGGAGAUGUACACCAACAUGAGCGACAUGUCCGAGCUGACCCCGGUCAUUGAGCGCGGCAUGGCGCUGCACAAGAUGAUCCGGCUCGUCACGUGCGCGCUGGGUGGCGAGGGCUACUUGGCGUUUGAGGGCAACGAGUUCGGGCACCCCGAGUGGCUGGACUUUCCGCGUGAGGGCAACGGUUCGAGCUUCCACUAUGCGCGCCGCCAGUUCAACCUAGUUCGCGACGAGCUGCUUCGCUACAAGUACCUGCAGCGCUUCGACCGCGCCAUGCUGCACCUCGAGGCGCAGUACCACUGGCUGUCGGCCAGUGACCAGUGGGUGACGCUGAAGCACGAGAGCGACAUGGUGCUGGCCUUUGAACGUGGCGGCCUGCUGUGGGUCUUCAACUUCCACCCGACCAACUCGUAUACCGACUACCGCAUCGGCACGGCAUGGCCUGGCAAGUACCGCGUGGCGCUGAGCACCGACGACGAGAUCUUCCUUGGCCAGGGCCGCGUCGACGCCACCGUCGACCACUUCUCGACGCCGGAGGAGUGGAACGGCCGCCCGAACUACGUGCAGGUGUAUCUGCCGACGCGCACAGCGGUGGUCUACAAGCACGACUGA